AUGGUUCAAGGCCAGCCAAUGGGGCGAUGUAAACAAUAUCCGAAGCGUAACGGACGUGGAGUAUAAAUUGUGAUGCAAGUGCAUAAUUCAGUCUCUCCAACCUAGAAAUAUAUCUUGUCUGCUAACCUAAUAGCAUUAGAAAUAAAAAAUGAGUGACACUAGUAUUAGAGAUGAAGCUAAAGGAAAAUUUGUUAUCAAUUUUUCAGCUGGACCAGCUAAGCUGCCUGCAUCAGUAAGUUUUAAAUAAUAUAAAUUAAAUGAUAAAUGGUAUUGGAUUGGCAUUAGUUUUUUUUCUUUUUAUUAGUAUUAAAUUUAAAUAGGACUAAAAUAAAAUGACUAGUCUAAUGCACACACUUCACUAGUAACUAAUAGCCAACAGUAACCCACUAGAACACUACUGGUCAGGGCUCACUGGCUACAGUCCAUAGUUUAGGCUACACACGCCACGCGACAUUAGACCUUCUCAGCCUUAUUGACUGACCUGACUGGUAUCGACGUAGAUACUGCUACUACUACUCUACUAGUUCAGCAGGCUGAUGCAAUUGGAAUUUUUCUCUUUGAAGUACGAUGUUCUGGUUGCGGUUUUCCAAAUAUUUAUAUUUAUAGUCAUUUUAAAAUUUGUUGAAGAUGAGUGGAUCAUGAAUUUGACUUUGACCUCAGUGAACUUAGUCAGCUUGAUAUUUUAAGGGUCCAUCAUUCCCUAGCCUUAUUUAAACUUAUUAUUAUUAUUAUGAUGACUUAUGAGGUGUGAACAUGUGCUGUAAUAAUUUCAUUUAUCAUUACAUAGAUAGUUUAUGUGCUUUGUUGAUAAGUCUAAGAAUGGUUUCAACCCAAAACAACUUAGUCUGUAUUCUUAAAUAAUGGCAGAUCUUUGAACUUUAAUGAAACCAUUGACUAUUGACCCAAUGAGAUUCGCCACCCUCAGAAGAUUGUAUUGUGUUAAACACGAUAAUAGUGAGGAGUAGUCCUACAGCAUACCCCCCUUCUCUCUCUGUCCUGAUCCCCAGUCAGAUAGGCCUACUCUUAAGCAAACCAUGUACAUCAGGUUCAGAGCUGUGAACAAUUUCUGUAGUAUUUACUUAGUUGAUACUAAUACUAAUAGGCCUAUAUAUAUAUAUAGGCCUAUAUAAAUAUAACUGGCAUAAGUUUGUGAUGGACCAAUGAAACUUAAAUAAUUGUAAAUUUUAGUUCCCCCACCUGGACCUCAAUCCAAAAAUAAUAAAAUAAAUGUGGUCACAUGUUUUGUAACUCUUUAUAAUAAUUUCAUUUUUGACAUGGGUUGAUCAGUUCGGUAUAGGCCUAUCAAUAUUGAGUAUUAUUUCAUAUUUCAUGGACAUAAAUUUCCGCAGGACAUCCCAACAGUAUAGUACCUGAAGUCCUAAAAGUCUAAGUAUAAUUAAUUCUAUUCUAGCGCCUAUCGGUAUCCAAUGAUAUAUAGUUAUAGGUAUAUAAUUAUUUAUAAUAGAAUAGUCAUAGUAUAAAUUAAUAAAUCAAGCAUAAUUUGUGGUGUGAAAAUAUAGACAUAGAAAAAUCGACUGUUCAUCUUUCUAUGUGGUUACUAUAAGUAUAAGUGAUAUACGUUUGAAACCAACUAUUUCCUGUAUACUCCCAAGAUGUGCUCAAGGCAUUCUUUGUUGUUUGCCUUUGAGUGUGUCGGAGUUACUGUUGCAUUCCAGGUGAAAUUUCCACAUGUCACGCGUGACAAAGGCUAGUCAGCCGUUUGACCUUUGCCCCACUGACCUACUUUAAAAACUUCUAUUUCUAUCACUUUUAUUUUGUAUUUUUAUGGGAUAUACACUGUACACACUAAUACAAGAUAGGAAGCUAGAACGCUAAGGUACAACAGCUUAGUGCAUAUCAAUUAACUAUCCUGGAUGUCCAUACUUUACUAGAAUUUCUGAUCUAAGAUAACUUUAUAACAACCAUAACUAGGCAAAGCCUAAAUAAACUAAUAUAAUGUGUUUUUUUAAAUUUUAACUUCUAAUACUUUUACUUUUAAAAAUAGGGUCAGGGUGGAAAAAAGUGAAGACCUAUCCCCAACAGACUACAUACUCCUAAAUUUCUUUAAAGACUUUUAAUAUUUUUUUAACUGCCUUUGUUUAACUUAAAAAUAAGGCGCAAUGAAACUCUUUUCCCCCCAUCCCCCCACCCCACAUUAUUAGGCUGUUGUUUUUCCGCCGCAACUAAACACAUGACCAGAACAUCAACAUCCGCACUAAUCGCUGUUCCUGGGUCUUUAAAGAUCAGGUCAGUUGGACAAUAACCGACGGCAUGUUAAUCUAUGUGGGACCACAGUCACACACACUGACACUGCGCCCCUCACCUUGAAUUGUAUAGAUUGCAAGCGACACGAACUGUGGUGAUCUGGCCUAAGCUGGCUCAUUAACCGUCUGAAUUCUGAAUACGUGACUUUGGUUGGUGACGUAUUUGGCUGCUGUCCUGAAUAUUAAUAGGCCUAAAUGUAUCGGGCUGAAUAGUUGUUUUUUUUUUUGUUUUUUUUUGUCAGGCCGAAGCCUUCUUUUUCUGAUCAUAGCUAUUGUAUAUUGUCUUUUGAGAUAUUUCGUUCUUAGCAUUUUGCCAAAAAUUGAUUAAUCUGACGUAAUACUAAUAUAAUUAUAAAUUCAGAGUAAUUUACUCUGGUAGCUUGUACACACCCAUGUUUAUUGGCAAUUGUGUACUGAAAUGUAGAGGAUUGUAUGAAUAGCUCUGAUUAAUGCAGAACACACACACAUAUAUAUAUAUAUAUAUAUAUAUAUAUAUAUAUAUAGUUGCAGGGCACUUUUCCUUGCAUUAUUGCCCUAUAAAUCAUGAAGGCUACACACACUCGAGGCUGUAGGGCACAUUCAAUGUUAAAUGGAUGUGCUGAUGACAGAUGUUCACACAAAAAAUCUAAGAUUAUUGAUUGGAGUUAACUGUUGUGUUGGAUUCCCAUUAUUUUCCCCUGUUAACUUCUGUUUUAUGAUUUGUCACUUGUGUUGGAUGCAGCUGUUCUGUUAGUCUUUGCAUAGAUUGAAAUAAAAAAAUUUAACUACCCUUUCAAAGCCAGGCAUACUUUUCAAAUUUUUUUCCUUGUAUGCUCCACUCCCUUUCUUUGAUAUAAUUUCUAACAAAGAAACAGUUAAACAAAAAACCUGCCUGUACUUCAGGGGCCUCUAUCCCACCCUGAGUGGUAUAACACCCCCACCCCCAAUCUGACCUUGGACUUUGGUAAAUUUUGCAAUUUUCAGCAAAUUAAAAUUGUUAUAUCUUGUGAUUAUUCAAAAAAUGAAUUUUAGUAGGCCUAUAGUCUAGUUUUUUUUUUUUUUUGGUUUCAAUUUUUAAAAUUUGUUGAAGCAGGGUGGGUGUGUGUGCGCUGUUGUUCUCUACUUCUCUAUGAAAGGGGUAGAGUUCAAGUCCCAGCUGAAGCCAGAUAACAAAGACUUCUUAUUCCUCAUAACAUAAAUCUCCCCACCACCAUUAAAGNCCCCUUUUUUUUUUUUUUCCUUUGUAGGCACCUGCUGUACAGCAUUAUCAACCUUAUGACUUCAAGUGAAAGCAAGAGGUGAAGGGAGGAGUAAAAUUGUGUUAAUAAAAUCAGUACUCAGGCUUAUCCCCAAGUUGUCCAAAUAGGGUUCCUUCUAACAGAGCAGGCCAACAGUGUUAUCAGAUCCUGAGAAUAGCAUCAAGCCAUUGGGGCUGUUGGUUCAGAGAUAGGGCUGAGAUUUGAACUUGUCUCUGUCUGAUAAGCUAUAAUUAUUCACUUAAGUCUAGUGAACUUGACUUUUAUGAACUGCGCUGAACUUGACCCAGUUUCAGUAUCUGCAGGGUUUUGUAAUGUAGGCUUUUGUAAUACAUCAGUGAUGAGUCUCUUGUUUUUGUAUAAACAUUUCUUAACAUCUUUAAUGCGAUGUUUUUAGAAUUAUUUGAAACUUGUUUUAUUAGCUUGGGGGGGGGGGGGGGGGGAGUGUCAUGGAUAACAGUAAUUGACUAUUUUCAUCCCAAAUUUUGGGGAACAUUAUUUGACAAUCCUUACAUUAAAAAAUAUUAAGACAAAUUUUAAAUUUACUUUCACUUUACUCAGUUUGAAAAAAAAUAGUAAAUAACAAUCAAGAGAAAUUAGUUUUUUGGGUCCUAAUUUGGUAGGGGUGUGUGUGCGUGAAAAAUUUUUUUAACAUUCAUGUCUCUACAAUUUUUUAAAAAAUGCCCUUCUCUAAAGUAAAAGAACGCUUCUAUCUGCAAGAAUGUUUUACUGCAGCAGUUAUUGCAUAUCUUAACGAAGCAGAUGAUGCUCAUUUUAAAAGUAAAUUAUUUUGCUAUCUUCGAAUCCUAAAGUCUGUCCAAUGUGUCUGAUGUAGUCUAGCCAAAGUUGACAAAAAUUAGCAAAGCCGAUAUUUCAAAUGAUUUCCAUCUUUUUUUUUUCCUCUUUUUUUUUUUUCCAACAGGUGCUGGCCCAUGCACAGAAAGAAAUGCUGGACCACCAGGACACAGGUGUCAGUGUUAUGGGUAGGUCGGCAACGUCUUAAUAUCUCAAUACAGUUGUGUUAUGAGGCUCCUUUGCCGUAUUUGUUGAAAUCAUUGUGAUAGUUAUAUGUGCUAUAUCUCCUACAUGCAGUUUUCCCAUUUUGCAUUUCCCUCUUGUUAUAAAAAAAUACGCACGUUAAAAAUAUUCUGCUGGGGCCCCUUGUUCAGUUGAUUUUAUGACUCUUGUCUAACAUGCACAGCUGUGCAAGGGCUGGCAAUAAUACAUUUCAGAAUGACGUCUUUGUCACUAACUAGCCAAUAAAACAUUACAAUGAUACUUGUGUUUUUUUUCUUUCUGGAAAGGGGAGGGGGCACAGUCUAACAAUGGCCAGCGGUAUUGCUUGGGAUUAUUUAUAUCAGGCUGAGAACAAUUUGAUGCACUUAUCAUUCCAAAAUACUUAUUUUAGCUGGCUGGUAGAAUUAUGGUCUUUGUAACGGCUAUUCUUAUGUUUGAUAUUUUAAGAUAAUCACUUCUGAUUUCAUUUUUCAGAAAUGAGCCACAGAUCAUCAGAAUUCAGCAAAAUACUCAACUCUGCAGAACAUAAACUCAGGGAUUUAUUGUGAGUGACUAUUUCCAGAAUUUAAGCGAUGGUCAUAGCUUUUUUCUUUGUUUUACACUCUAGUUGAUAGUUUUGAGAUUGGAAAUUUAAAAAGAAAAAUUCUGCAACCAUUGUCUAGUUCCCCGUGGUUCACAAUUUUAAGAGUAAUCCAGCAUUUGGGCAGUGUUUAACUAAUUCAUCUGUUAUCUUCUUCAGAGCCAUACCACAGAACUACAAAAUUCUAUUUCUUCAAGGUGGAGGCACUGGUCAGUUCUCAGCUGUUCCACUUAAUCUUUUGCCUUUGAAACCCAGUAAGUGACAUAAUCUUUUGAAUCUUAAGUAUGCUGCAGCCAGUCUGACAGUUGAAUGUUGUAGUUGUUUGCAUCCUAAAAAAGUUGUAAAAAUCUGUUUAAAAAAAAACUUGUUCUUGUUUAAGAACUUUGGUUCCAAAGUUGGCACAAUUCCUUGUGUCAGUUGGGGUUGGUUCCAAAGUUGGCACAAUUCCUUGUGUCAGUUGGGGUUGGUUCCAAUGUUGGCACAAUUCCUUGUGCCAGUCGAGGUUGGUUCCAAAGUUUGCACAAUUCCUUGUGUCAGUUGGGGUUCCAAUCAAACUGGUUUUGUUAUCUUAUUGUAAUUACAAAGUAUUAUUGGCUAGCAAAAGGGGAAAAGGGAUCAACUGACACAUUCAUUUACUAAUCAUACCCGGUUUGUAGGUGUUACUUUAAAAAAAACAACCCAUAAUUUUGCAUGAAAUUGUUAAUCCUUAUUAAUUAUACCUGUGUAUAAGAUUAGCAUGCCAUGUGUGACAGAGGCAUCAGCGCUUGGAAGUGUUAAGCAAAGUGCAACUUUCUCUUACCUCUACAUUGUCGUCUGCAUUGUGUUUCAGACUUGGAGAUAGUAAAAAAUAAAUGUAACUUUUUCAAAAGCCAUCUUAUAAUUAAAUCCACAGGUCUCUCAGCUGAUUACCUAGUGACAGGCUCUUGGUCAGCCAAGGCAGCCCAGGAGGCUGAGAAAUACGGAACAGUCAAUCUCGUGGUGCCCAAAACAAAGAAAUACACAUGUAAGUCUUGUGGAAUAACUCCUCUUAAAAACAAUAAUAUUUUGCAUGUGUUUAACUAAGGAAGGAUGUUCUGUUACUAAUUUUAGCUGUGAAAUUUCCUUAAUAAAGUGCAUGUCAAAAGAUAAAUCGUUUUACACUAAAUUUAUUCACAGCAAUUCCAGACCCAUCCACGUGGAAACUCAACCCAGAGGCUUCAUAUUUCUAUUACUGUGCUAAUGAAACAAUUGAUGGUAAGAAAGUGAACCUGCCUUUUUAACUGCAAGUUCGGUAAACAAAUUUUAAAAAAAAUAAAAUAAUCAGGAAAAAAAACAACAACACAACUACAUCAAUAACUCUUAAAUUUUGUUACAGGAGUCGAGUUCCAGUAUAUUCCAGAGAUCAACGGUGUUCCUAUUGUCUGUGAUAUGUCUUCCAAUAUGUUAACACGUCAUUUAGACAUAAACAAGGUCUGUACACAUUUCUGUGUCAAUGCUUGCAUUAUAAUAUACAAAAUUAUUUUAUUUUGGUGUAACAAGAAGAAAAACCAGUGACUGUUAUAUAAAUCGGUUUAAAGUUUUCAAAAGUUUCUUUAGCUCAAAUUGAUGGCAAGGAUACUCAAAGAAUGGAACAUUUUACUAUUCUAGUCAUGCGUAGCGAAACCAAACCAUUUUUCGGAAACUGUACAGGCAUUUUUAUUGGAGAUGGCUUUCAAAAUGUCAUCAACCUCACUUCAAAGAAAUCAGACAUAUAGUCAAUGUUAAACAAACCACCAAAGAUGUAAAAGACACAUGGAGCAUUUUUAUACAGAACCUUUGACGGAGUAGAAACUUGAUAAUGCAGACAACUCUUAACAGAAGCAGUUGACAGACUGCUGAAUAGCCAACUACAUUAUAUACAUAUCUGGGUUUUUGUUCACAGAUUCUAGACUCCCCAACUAUAUUCAGUCUUAUAGUGCUGAAAGAAAUUUAUACCUUGAUAUUGUUGGAUUUAUUUUAAUUAAUUUUUUUACAGAGAUCAAUAAUAUUUGUCUAUUCAAAAUUUCAGUUUGGCCUUAUAUUUGCUGGUGCUCAGAAAAAUAUCGGCUGUGCUGGAGUCACCCUAGUCAUCAUUCGUGAAGAUCUGAUCGGGCUUGCCAUGAAAAUCUGCCCUGUGAUAUUUGACUACCAGAUUCAAGCUGGCAACAACUCUCUGUACAAUACACCACCAACUUAUGGGUGAGUAAUCUCAAUUUAACGUUUUUGUGUCAGGACAAAAAUAUUUUGUUCAGUAUUUUAACAUUGUGUACUGAUAUUUUCCUUGAUCCUCCCUCACCUAUUCUCAGUAAAUCUAUUUGAAGCUUAAGCUUAUUUGGUAGGUUAUCUUUUAAAAAAAAAAGAAUAAAGUUACAAGCAAUCUCAAGAAAUGACCCCCUUGAGAACAAUAUGAGACAUACUUUUUUGUUGUUAUUUUCUUUUCUGGAACUGAUAAUCCUAUUACCUUGAAAGUCAAUUUAAUAUUUGAUGUAGGGAAAAGGUUAAGAAAAAAAUACUGCAGUCAUCGUUUCCUAAUUUGCAAAUUCCCAAAAAUUUUGUUCCUGUUAAUAUCUAAUAGAAGUUUUUAAAAACUUUUAAGAGAUUUCGAUAAACUUGGUUUAUGAAGAAUGUAAUCUGUUUUUGUAUUCUCUUCAGUAUCUACAUCAUGGGCCUUGUCUUCAACUGGAUUGACGAGGAAGGUGGCGUCAAGAAGAUGGAGGAAAACUCUAUUAAAAAAUCCAAUUUAGUUUAUAAUCUUAUUGACAGCUCUGAAGGCUUUUACCAGUAAGUUUUGACCAUUGAAUUUUAUGACAUCAUUCUUCCAAAUUUUAAGUUGACUUCAGUGCUAUAGUUAUGAAAUUGCUGUCAGUACUUCAAUGUUGAAGUUGUUUAUAGUGGAAAUAUUGUAUUUUUUACACAAAUGAUAAAUUUGUAUAGUGUAUUAUGUUUUUAAAUUGUUUCAUCCCCAUUUCUACGCUUUAAUGGUGGUAAUCUACAUAUUAUGUACACACUAGAAAGGGACGGGUGAGCUUUGCAUGCAUAUGCAUAUGGGCAGAGAAGGGUUUAUUUUUUUAAAAAAUUAAUAGAAUCUUUACGCCUUAAGUUUAAGAGACUUUUGAAUCCUUGAUAGUUAACUGUGACCAAAAAAAAUCGACAAUUUUCAAGUUUUUCCAUUAGACUUGGACUGUUCUAUCAGAAUGGAGAUACCCAUAAGGAUUUUUUCCCUUAACAUGUUUUCAUUUCUUUCAGCUGUCCGUUAGACAAAGACUGUCGUAGCAGAAUGAACUUACCCAUUAGGAUAGGAUCUCUACAGGGCCAUGAAACAUUAGAGAAGCAGUUUUCGGAAGAGGCAACCAAGACUGGAUAUUUGCAGCUUAAAGGACACAGGUAGUUCCUGCCCUUUUACUCCACUAAUUUAUUGCGUGUAAAAAUGAUAGAAUGGUGCUGUGUUUUUGAAGAUGGUAUAAUGUGCAUACAAUGGGGAGUCCUUGUACCCUCACCCCGAUAAUCUACACUCCACCGAACUGUACUUUAAGAACUUACACCUGCUCCAGGGCUUUUUAGUUCAUAUGAACUUAUUUCAGAAAUAAAAGCUAUACCGGUAAUUCUUGUAAGCCAACUUCAAAUGAGAUCAGCAUCAUUUGGAUCAACAAAAUUUAGUCUUUGGCAAAUCUUGGAUUUUAAUAAAAAAAAAAUUUUUUCGUUAUAUAAUAUAAAAAAUAAAAAAAAAGAAACAUUUAUUCCAUUCCCAUUUUUAGUUUGCGAACAAAUAUUUUUUGUGCCAAUACUAUGUUCAUCAAUCAUAGCAACACUGACCUUUUAUUUAAAAAUAAUUUAAAAAUGAAAAGAUUAUUAUUUUCAGCUUAAGUCAUAGAACUCUCAGUGUUGAACUUGCUCCUAUUGUGCUCUGCUAUCUAUCUUCCAGGUCAGUUGGUGGUAUCAGGGUAUCCUUGUACAACGCAGUCACAGUUGAGGAAACGGAGCACUUGGUAGGGUUCAUGACAGCUUUCAUGGAGAGGAACAGACACGUGCUGACAUCAUAACACUCUGAACCUUACAAACAAUUUGUAAAUAGACCCUUUUUUUGUGUGCUGCCACGGCUUCGUUCAUUUUUAACCUUUCUAUUUGGGAUCGGAAAGACGCAUUACAUCAAUCACCUGAGACUUGGAAAUUUCAAACUGCAGUGUCUCUAUUAUCUGUGGAAUGUUCAAGCUGUCACAAUUGGUGUUUAACACAGGUUCAUUUGGGUCACAUUUUUCAGUGCCAAAGUAAAUGUGUUGGUCAAUUCAUUUAUUGCUGCAGUCAUUUGGACACAUGUAAAUAUAAACUUAAAAUUUGAUUGCUGGGAUGGGAAAUGGCCCUGAAUCAUAAACCAAAGCUUGAUCUGUGCUAAAUGUUAAAUAAAUGUGCAACACCUGUGUCUGUCAAUGUAAUAUCAUUUUUUAAAAUUGAAAUUUUCAAGGGGGACCAAUCAUGCUUUCAGUCAGAAAUGCUUAGAAAGACCUAUUAGUCCAUUUGAUGUAAAAGUUUUUGUACAUGGGAGAGCUUAGGGGACAUUGCAUCUAUUUUGUCCCUUUUUAAACUUAUUUUGACCCAAAAGAAAAUGUUAUGAAUAAAUCUUCAUUACCCGGUAACCAUCAUUUGCUGGUUUUUUUAAUAUUUACUUUCUGUUGACCUCUUAUUUUUCUGUCUGUUUUGUUUGGGAGUCACAGAGAAGGUACAGAGCUGAAAUUAGAUACACAUUUUGAAGUCUAAAGAAGGAAUUUAAGCCAAGGUUUGUCAUUCAUGUAGCUACCAAGUUAUUAGUAACCUUAAUAUGCAGUUUAAAAAAUAUUCCAUGAUGUCAAGUGGAAAAAAACUGUCCAUGUGCACAGAAUCAGUAAUUAAUUUUGAUCUGAUGAAAAAAAAAUAAAGAAAAAAAAUAAUGUACUUGAAAGAUUGUUCUUGGCUGAUGGGUAUGAAAUAAGGGUUCUGUACUUAAAGAACUAGUAGUGCUGCACAACUUUGCAUACCAGAUUUUAUUAUUUUGUCAUGUCAUUUAAAAUUUGGGAUACUAGUAGUGAAAAUUGCAACCAUUUAAAAAAAAAAAGAAAAAUUGGCUGUACUCAUGUGCAGCCCUACUGGGAGUUUUGGCGUGUGUCUUUCUGUCACUAAGGAAGUAGAUCCCCAAUAUGAGUCGCAGAAGCCAACCAAAACAGAGAUCCAGUUGUUCCACUUUCCUUUAACUCAGGUUAGCUGAGCAAACAUGCUCUUUAGCCUAUGGGCACAGGCAGAAAUUCCAAUUCUAGCAAUGAAAAUGCGCAGGCUUUAAACAAACUAAAAAAAGGUUACAGUGUUUCACAAUAAAUUUUUUGUGCACAUAAAAUGAAGAAGAACACAGAAAAGCCAUAUUUCCCUCGGUCAUGGUUUUAUUUAGUUGUAUAGCAUGCAGAAAAGUAAGAAAUGGAAAAGUUUUUUUUUGUUUCAUUGUUCAGUAAUAUGUGAGCAUCAAUAGAGGAGACAGACCAUUAGCAGCCAACAUAAGACGUGGAAUAUUGAAGAGAUUAUAUACAAUGUGUUGGUCGCGUAUCACUUGCACACCUACAUGAAAUAAUCAAUUAUAAGUGAUAGAUAAAUUUAAGGGGAUCAAUUUUUGUUUCAACAUUUUAUAGAAUGUAAAGGUGUCAGUGGUCCAAAUAUGAAUCAGUGGUGAACACCCCUUCCCUGAAAACCCAAAUUAUCAUAACUGGAUUCUUUGUAAAAGGGGGUGAAAAUCAAGGGAAAACUGUGAGGUAUUUAAAAUUUAUAUGCUGCAGCUACAAUGUCCAAAGUAUCUAAUCGAUCAUAUGCCAGUGGGGCCCUGGCAAGCCUUCAAGUCUGUAUCUGCUGAUGAGUAACAAGUAAAUGUGGAAACAUUAUUUUUUAAUUGAUGGACUACGAUAGUGUUUCUUCUGAGCUGUCUGUUUAAAGAGAGACAAACUUGACAGAAUUUGGGAACCACUGGGGUGCACUUACUUCUACAUAUAAUAAUGCGCUGGAACAUUGACUUGACACUUGUCCACAUAUUGGACUGUAUUUAUCAUACAUAUCUAAGUAUGUCCUAAUUAAUUAACCAAUAAUAAAUGUUCCCUUCACAACUUGCUAUGUAGGUUUACUGCUUAUUACUAAUAAUAAUAAAUAUGACAUAUGCACAGUGAUUGAUAUGUUACAUUGGUAAGAAAUUAAAUACUAUCGAUUCAAAAAACACACCUACUUAGGUUGUUUCAAAGUAAUUAAUGGCACAUGUACUGGUACAAUCAAUUUUGAGGGGCAAAAAAAUGUAGCAGAAUGCACAGGCCAAAUUUCUGAUUAGAAAAAAAAAAAAAAUUUAAAUAAAAUUCAACCUCUUACAAAAACUGAUUCCGUUGUAAAAAUUCUAGUAGUAGGCCUACUUACUUGCAGCAUAAAAAUAUUUUUUAAUCAUCAUAAUUGGAUAAUAGAGUUAAAACCGGGACAAAUUUAAUACUCUUGAUGAUUUUUAAAAAAAACUAACAUUCGUGGUAAUUUAUUAAAAUUAAAUUUUAAAUUAAAAUUAUUAAAAACUAAAUGUAUUUCAGAUUUUAUGUUUGUCAUAUGUGCAACUGGUUUAAUUUAUUAUAUUUUUUUCAUUUUC